AAUAUUAAAAAAUAGAAUUUUCAUUACAGGUGAGUCGUUCAUCGCGUCAGUUCGCCGCUAUGCUCGACCACCACCACCGAAGCAGCACGACCGAUCGUUUCCUCCUCGAUUACAACGCCGAUGAACUACGGAUCGCCGGUGAAUUUCUAUCUAACUGGUUCCCCUUUCUCUCCCGUGACUUCUGCAGCAGCUGUACACAUACGCUUUCCCAUCGUAUCCGAUCACUCGGACGACGUGAACGUGAACAUCUAAUCAGGAAUCAACACAAUAUGUGGACUAACCCAAGGCUUUUUACAAAACCAUUUUGGAUGUCCAUGUGGGAAAUCAUAUGACUCAGAAUGUAUCUUCAUCAGAAAGUUGUGAAAGCUAGAAGUUUUGUUGGUGGAUAAUGAUGUGGCUUAACAACUUGAUUUUUGUCUUUGACACUCUUAUGCUGUGGAUAAUGAUUAAGAAGAAACUAUAGAUUCAACGAGUUCUCUGAUCAGAGAGUUCAUUUGUAUGACUGCAGAAGCUGUUGGUGAUGCAGAACAACUGAAGCAACAAGAGAAUUUCGUAGUUUUGACUCCAGAACUUCCUGAUUCUAAUGCCUGUAAUGGUAAUCAUGACAAUUGUUACGGCAAUUCACUUGGGAGUUGGCAAGAUUGUGCUGUCUUAAAUGGUUCUGCAGAUACAAACUCAUUAGGUAGUUGGAAAGACGGUGCAGUUGUGCAAGAGCCUUUUGAUGAUGCAUUGACAUGCAGGAACAAAUCAAAUAGUUAUGUAGGUGGUCGAUCACUUGGGAGUUUGAAAGGUUAUGCUGACUUAAACGAUACUGCAGAUACAAACUCAUUGGGUAGUUGGAAAGACGGUGCAGAUGUGCAAGAGCCUUUUGAUGAGGCAUUGGCGCCCAGGAACAAAUCAGAUAACAAUGUAGGUGGUGCAGUUCACCCACUUGGGAGUUGGAAAGAUUAUGCUGACUUAAAUGAUACUGCAGAUACAAACUCAUUGGGUAGUUGGAAAGAUGGUGCGGAUGUGCAAGAGCCUUUUGAUGAGGCAUUAGCGCACAGGAACAAAUCAGAUAGUUAUAUAGGUGUUGCAGAUCGCCCAAUUGGGAGUUGGAAAGAUUGUGCCGACUUAAAUGAUAAUGUAGAUACAAACUCAUUGGGUAGUUGGAAAGACAGUGCAGAUGUGCAAGAGCCUUUUGAGGGUGCAUUGACACCCAGGAUAAAGCCAGAUAAUUAUUUAGGUGGUGCAGCAAGACCUGUUAAAGAGGCAUCGAGAAGUAAAACUUUCCGUUCAUCGAGACCUACAGCAAUCUGGAGGAUGAAAAUGCCAUUGGCAGAUGAGCUUGAUGCUGUAGAGAUUAGUGAGUCAAGUAUCUGUAGUAGCCAGUUACGUAAUGGAAAUGGUAUGAACAAAGAGGAAACUUCUGUACAGGGGGCUAAGCCAAAAAUGGAGUUGUCUAUGGAGCAGAGAGAGCACAUUCGGUUUUGUAAUGUAAAGAGGAAAAAGGACUUCAUUUGUUUGGAGAGGGUUAAUGGGAAGAUUGUGAAUAUACUUGAUGGCUUGGAGCUACAUACUGGUGUCUUCAGCAUGGCUGAGCAAAAUAGGAUAGUUAAAUUUGUGGAGAAACUUGAGGAGAUAGGGAAGAGUGGACAGUUAAAAGAGCGAACUUAUACAGCGCCACAGAAAUGGAUGAGGGGCAAGGGACGUGCGACAAUCCAAUUUGGUUGUUGUUACAACUAUGCUACAGACAAAAAAGGCAACUCCCCAGGGAUUCUCAAGAGUGAAACUGUUGACCCGUUGCCUGAUCUUCUUAAGAGCAUGGUUAGAAGGCUUGUAAGAUGGCAUGUAUUGCCUCCAGAUUGUGUUCCAGACAGCUGUAUUGUCAAUAUUUAUGAUGUGGGAGAUUGCAUACCACCUCAUAUUGACAGUCAUGAUUUUUUUCGUCCAUUUUGUACUGUUUCUUUCCUCAGCGAGUGCAAUGUAGUGUUUGGAUCAAACUUGAAAAUUGUAGGUCCGGGUGACUUUGCUGGUGCAAUUGCAAUUCCCCUGCCAAUGGGGUCUGUACUCGUCUUGAAUGGGAAUGGAGCUGAUGUAGCUAAACAUUGUGUGCCAGCUGUUCCUACCAAAAGAAUAUCAAUUACGUUUAGGAGAAUGAAUGAAUCUAGAAGACCAAUUGGAUGUGCUCCUGAACAGGAUUUACUAGGUCUUCAGCCUAUAUCCCAUGAAGCAGAUAGAUAUGAAAAAUCAAAAACCUAUAAACCAUGGCACUCAAAGUAGUUGAGACAAGGACCUGAAAACAGUUGGGAAGACGAGAAGAGAAUAAGGAAAUAGUAAAGAUAUCAUUCAAAGCCAUAUUUUCUAUAAAUAGGGAAAGUGUCAGGGUUUCUAUAGAUGAUUAGACGCAUGUCGUGACUAUGCAGAUUGGUCCAUCAUCUUCUGCAAUUAUGAGAAAUUUUGGUGUUGUUGUGCUCUCAUUUUAUUUUUCAAACCUGGAUAUCUUGAUUUAGGCUCGAUAUGUGAUCUUGCGAGUUUCCACGUUAAUUUGAAGCUGAAAUAUUGGUGAAAAUUGGUCCCAUUCUUACUUUAAAAUUGCAACUUUUGAUUA